AUGGUUACUCCCUACAAUCAAGUUGCUCACCUCUUCAAAAACUUGGGUCUGGAGAUCUGCAAAUCAGGAAAGCCACUAUUCGGAGGCAGUUUUGCUCCUUCAAGCACCUGUUGGAAUGGAACUUCGCUCGUCUCAUCGGCGGCAACGCAACUGGAUUUACGUCGAGGUCAUUCAACCAGACCUACUGACCCAACCCUGCGUCAGAAGGAGUUAGGACUGCAGAGAGCAUUGAUUAGCCUGCAAGAAGUGGCAAACUCAACUUUAGCCGAUCCGGAAGUUCUGCAACUGGCAGACCCUGCUGCGACCACCCUCAAGGUCGGCCGCAAUGAGGUACCCGUGGAUACGGAUGAGGACGCUCUCCGCAGCUACCUUGUUUCCUUUGGCUCAACCGAUACCAGUUCAACUCAUAACGCUGCUGCUGCCAUACCGACGCCAUGGAAUGCACAGCCAUCGCCGCCCAUGACACCUUUGAAUAGUGGAAGUGUCAGCAUAGGUGCAGGCUUUGAGCCGGACACGGAGAGAGGUGAGGAGGGGAGUGGGUUCAGUGAUGGAGAGGUGCCUCUGCCCUACGGUAGUCAUUUUGCGAUCCCUCCCGAGAACGAUAUCAACAACCAAUUCCUGGAGUUGCCCCCAUCCGCGCACCCCAUGCCGCCUGUUGCUGCUCCCUCGGAGGCCACUGCUACCACCCAAAGGCCAUCAGCUCUGCAAUCACCAAAUAACUUCAUGCCUGGUGGUGAUGACGAGGAUUUCCGGCCGCAAGUUGAGAACUCGGGGUAUGAGCCAAUGAACGUGUAUAAGUUUCCGGAGCCCCUACAACCAGAAGCAACACAGCCAACAUGGCCAAACCAACCACAGUCACCAUUCAAUGCAGCGCCUGGUGCGUCACUCGCCAACUGGGACACGGAGUCCAACUCCCCAGAGGAGGGUUCAGGCCGCGAGCCAGUUGACACUCAAUUGGGACUCAAGCCCUUGUCUGAGUGGACGAGUCCCCCACAGUCUUCGCAGUCGCGCUCUCCGGCCUCAUCGUCUCCGGCAGCGUCUCAACCCCAUCCCCCUGCACAGACUGGCGACGCAGGCUUAGUAGUAGACGAGGGCAAACUUGACAUCCCUGACCAAAUAUGGGUACCUGAGGGUGACGGGAUAGCGCACCACUACCCUAGUUCGUCCAACCCGAGAACUACCGGUAGCUCCCCCAUCCUUGUUCCCUCAUUUGUUUCCUCUGUUCUUCAAAUGGCCGUCACCCUCUUCGUUGUCCUGCGUCGGUGA